UAACUCGAAAACAUGGAAGACGAAAAUUCUAAAGACGAGGAACAGUUAGAAAGGGAGCACUUUUUACGCAUAAUAAAUGCGUUCAAAUACUAUAGAAUACAUUCAUCAAAAAGAGUAAAAAAUGCAGUGGAGUCUUUCCAGAGUUUGUCUGAUGGUCAUAAAAAGAUGUUGCCUGGUUACCUUGACAAUCUAACUUUAAUCCAGAACUGUGUUGACCAUAACUAUGAAAUUAUUCAAUUAGUGAUCAAAGAUGCUGAGUACAUGUUUGAGAAUAAAACUCAUGAGCCAACUGAAGAUGAAAAAGAGGUUCCACCUACACAGUUUGAUAUGGACAAAGUUAGAACAACAAUAAAACAGUUUGUACGAGACUGGAGUGCAGAUGGUCAGAGUGAGAGAGAAGCAUGUUAUCUUCCUAUUGUCAUGGAGAUUUGUGAAAAAUUUCCAAAGUCAAAAUGUGAUCCUUCUAAAAUUUCUGUACUUGUUCCUGGAGCUGGUUUGGGAAGGCUGGCAUAUGAGAUAGCUAAACAGGGAUACAGUUGUCAGGGAAAUGAAUGGAGUCUCUUUAUGUUGAUGGCAUCAAAUUUUAUACUAAACAAAUGUAAUGCUGUGAAAUCGUUUACCCUGUAUCCAUGGAUACAUCAAUGGACCAACAAUACUUACACCGAGGACCAGACAGCUAGCUGUAAAUUCCCUGAUGUAAAUCCUGCAGAACUUCCUCCUAACUCUAACUUCUCCAUGGCAGCUGGUGACUUCCUGGAAAUAUACACUGAUCCAGACACCUUCGAUUGUGUUGCUACUGUAUUCUUUAUAGACACAGCCCACUGUAUUAUAUCCUAUAUAGAGACUAUUUACAAUAUUUUGAAACCUGGAGGAUACUGGAUUAAUCUAGGUCCGUUAUUAUACCAUUAUUCGGACAUUCCAAAUGAAGUUUCUAUAGAACUGUCAUAUGAAGAAUUAAAGAAAGUUGUGAAACAAGUCGGAUUUGUCAUACAGAGAGAGGAAAAAGAUGUGAGAUCUACCUAUACACAGAAUCCUAAAUCUAUGCUGCGAUAUGAAUACAGUAGUGUGUUCUUUACUGCUCAGAAACCAGUUUCAUGAGAAACCUUGCUUUUAAACAUGUACAAUUUUUUACUUAUUUCAUAUGUCCUCUCACUUACACAACAUGGAUUGUAAUGUGCCGAUGUCAGCAGUGAUUGGUUUGGUAUUAUCCUUUUAACUAUUCUAUCUUUCAAGAAACACCUGUGUAUUGCACUUUCUUUGAAUUUCUGUUCAUUUUACAAGUAAACAUUCAGAACAGUUUUUUUAUAUUUCAAUCUGGAAAAGUUUAAAUUAGGGAAUGAGCUUACAGAUGUAUACAAUUAAUGUGAAAACCAGUGUAAUGUCUUUGACAGACUAAUGAUAUCUAUUGUAGAGUUUUAAUACUGCAAAUUCAAAACUUAUUGCAAGGUUUCUAUCAUUGCGAAUAAUGUGACUGAGUGAGUAUCGCAAUAAUUAUAAAGACUCUCUUUCUGAUAUUUGAUACAUAUAGCUUAAUGCAGAUUUUCCUGAAAUCGCAAUAAUUAAUCUCCCAUUUUUGUGAAUUCUUCAAAAAUUGCAAUAAUAAAUGCAUUCAAUAAUAUAUGAAUUUACAGUAUACUUCCCAUGACCUCUGCUUUUUUAAUUUAUUUUAUACUGACCUGUCCAUUUUUGGUAAGUUUACUGUGAACCAGCAGUCAACCAUAUAGUCUUUUGACUCUGUGAAAGACUUUAUCA